GACUCGGAAAGUUAGCCCUCUAUAUAUUUGUGAUUGUGUAGGCUACAUAUAACAUUUGUAGACAAGACCAAGUGGCCACCAUAGCGAUCUCGCCGCUGGAAGACCUCAGCUUCCAAAAUCUUCAGUUACCUGACUAUCACUUGAAGACUGCCAUGUUAUCUGCUGCUCUAGAGAUCCCCCCCAGACGGGGUUCCAUUCGGUACCGCCGGGGCAUGAUUGCUUUCGCCGUCUUGCUCUUUCUGUCAGUGACCGUUACAUACGCGCACAGCACAACAGUAGAGCAUGACCUCCACAUCGUCCAUAAUGUGGACAACAGAAGUCCAGAAAUUGACCCUUUUUGGUAUGUGGGACGUGGGGUUAGACCAAUCGGACGUUUUGGUAAACGUGUAACAGACAGUGGGAAUGUUGGUGGACUACGUCCAGUGCUGAGUUCCUUGGAGCUUUUGCUCACCGCUCUCAGAGAAAAGGAAGACCUUCACCACACCCUAGCUCAAGAAGAACCGGAGUGGUUACAACACCCCUACUGAAAAGUUUUAAAAUUGAAUUUCCCAGUUAUGUACAAUGUUUUUUUUUUCCUCUCUAGGCUAAAUAUUUAAAUUUUAAGCUUUAUAAGUAGGAUAGAAAAUGAGAAAAUAUUGUUAAAUAAAUAGAUUGUCAUUUA